AUGAGCAGGCCGGGGGACGAGGAGGAGGACACUUUGGACAGAGAGGACUUUUUUGACUGCCAAGAGUCUCUGGAGCGUGGAGACGAGGACAGAAGGCGGCCGGAGACGGAGGCCAAACACACGCUUGAAGAUGAUUCCGACGUCGAGGAAGAGGACAAAUUGACAGAGGAGGAGGAGGAGAGCCGACGGCUGCACAGUCUCACCUUGAAGGAGGAGGGCAAUUCGCACUUUAAAAAUGGAGAUUGGUCGGCGGCGGAGCAAAGCUACACGCGGGCGCUGCGUUUGUGUCCGCGACGCUUCGCCUCAGAGCGAGCGGUCCUGUUCUCCAACAGAGCGGCCGCCAGACUCCGCCUGGAACGGAAGGAAGACGGGAUAUCCGACUGCUCCAGGGCGUUGGAGCUGAACCCGGACUACGUCAAGGCCUUGCUGAGGAGGGCGGAGCUCUACGAACAGACGGAACAGCUGGAAAAGGCGCUGGAGGACUACCAGAAGGUGCUGGAGCGAGAUCCCCGGCACGCGGCGGCCAGGCGGGCCUGCGCGCGGUUACCUCAGCAGAUCCACGAGAAGAACGAGAAGCUGAAGGAGGAAAUGUUAGGCAAACUGAAGGAGCUGGGCAACAUGGUCCUGCGACCGUUCGGCCUGUCCACCGGCAACUUCCGAGUGGACCGGGACGCCGACACGGGCUCCUAUUCUAUCAACUUUGUCAACAAGCCCGACCACACGUGA